AUGCGCAGCUGCUCGGAGCCGUGCGUCCCAUGCGAGGAACCGCACGCCUUCCCAACGACACUCGCCGAUGCGGCCCUUCGAGGGACAGUCCUUGCCGGACCCCAGCUGUUCCCAGGAAUCGCUUUAUCCUCCCGGGGGGUAUCGGACCCCAGUUUAGAUCCGAUGAUUCACACGGCUCCUCCUGGGCAGUCUGCGAUUUCGUGUCGGCCUCCCAAAAUUCUGGAGGGAGGGGAACUGGAGGAUGCCGAGCCCAGAGUUUAUCUGGAAGCCAGCGACCUUUGGAGACAGUUCCACAAAUGCGGCACUGAAAUGAUCAUUACAAAAUCUGGGAGGCGCAUGUUCCCGCCGCUCAAGGCCAGGUGCAUCGGGAUGGAUAGAAAAGCCAAGUACAUUCUGCUGAUGGACAUCGUGGCGGCCGACGACUGCAGAUAUAAGUUUCAGAACUCGCGCUGGAUGGUGGCAGGGAAGGCGGACCCGGAGAUGCCCAGGCGCAUGUACAUCCACCCGGACAGUCCGGCCACGGGAGAGCAGUGGAUGUCCAAAGCGGUCAACUUCCACAAACUGAAACUGACCAACAACAUAUCAGACAAACUUGGAUUUACAAUUCUAAACUCGAUGCACAAGUACCAACCGAGAUUCCACAUAGUGAAGGUGAAUGACAUCCUCAAACUGCCCUACAGCACCUUCAGGACGUACGUCUUCUCCGAGACAGAGUUCAUCGCAGUAACAGCUUACCAGAACGAUAAGAUCACGCAGCUUAAGAUAGACAACAAUCCGUUCGCGAAGGGAUUCCGAGACGUGGGCAACGGACGGAGAGAAAAGAGCUGUGGGGAGGGGCCGUAG